UGUAAGUUGCCUUCGAAGAAAAAGCUCAGAUCAAAGAUUAUGUAAGGAUACAUGUGAAAUUUGAUGUCUCAAAACCUCUGAGGAGAUCUAAGAUGAACCAAGUGGAGAAGUGAUGAAUAUUCUAUAUGAUUAUGAAAGAAUCUAGAAAAGGUGUUACACUUGUCAGAAACUCCCUCAUGAGAAACCUCAGUGUCCUUUUUCAUGAGGAUGAAGGAGGUUACAUAGAAGGUAUCAGUAUAAUCUACAACAAGUAAAAGAUCGGAUGUGACAGAAAGUUUAAAUGAAACCGAUCCGCUCUACGGGGUCAUUUCAGAGAAUCAUCUAGGAUUAGAUCAUGUCUUAGGAAGACCAAAGAUUGCAAAAGAGGUUCUGGAAGGAAUGAGAAUAUACUUAAUGGUGGCUUAGGGUCCUGAAAAGAUAGCCAGGGAGGAAAGGGCAAGAAAAUCUUUAGAGAAGUUGGAGAAUGAUCCGACUGGUCAAAAGACUAUGCCUAGGUUGGAACCUUUUCCGAAGGUGACAAAUAAGAUGGAUGAAGAUUGGCAAAAAGGGAAUGGACUGAACAUCAGCUUUACUCGAAGCAAAAGCUUUAGAAUUGGAAGACUUGCGACUUCCUACGGGAAUCCAUGCAGUUGAAGAUGGCUUGUCAUUUCGAUUUUUAAACAAAAAGCUUAUUUCAAUUUUUAAUAGUUAUUGGAAUUACAUUUUAUUUAUAGUCAAUACUUUGGUUUAUGUAGAUUUGAAGAUUUUAAACAAAAAUCUAGAAUGAGUUCUUUCUAGCUAGAUCACAGAUUCGUCUUCUUUAUGGUCAAGGCUUUGGUUUACGUGGAUCCUAAUAUCUCACUGGUCAUAUUGGAAGAUUUUAAUGUUACUUUAGCAGCUGAUGAACACAUUAGGUUUCUAGAGAGACUCGGUGAUCAAUAGGGUUUGUGCUCAGCCUAUUUUCUUUAACACUAUUUUAUACAAAAGUUCUGCGGUGUAGUGCGUGUAUCUACCCAAUUUCAGAUCAAUAGGUGCUAGUUUCCAUUGAGGUAGCAAAACGUUACUUUGACAUUCUUUUUGAGACUACAGAAUUCAUAUGGUCCAUUUUUGCAACUACUUCAUCGAUUGGUACGUCGCUGUUGGAGGUUUACGCAUCUUAAUUAGUUUAUACUUUAUGGUACUUUAAAAUUUGCAUUGUGCAAUAAAGUGUUCUCAUAGAAUUUUAGUUUGAAAAAAAAAAACAGAAAUGGGGACAAAAAGAGAGGAAAUGAAAAAACAGCAAAAGAGUAUUUGGUAUUUUACCAACAGUUUGGGAUUUAAUAAGAAUGUUGACAGAACACUACGCAUUUAUGUGUGUGGAUACAAAUUUUUAUUUUUAUUUCUGAAAAUGAAAACUGAAAAGAAGACUGUUAAAAGGAAAUGCAGAGGCAAAUUGCAGUUUGUCUGCAUACAUGCAUUUAUAGUCUUGUCUCUUAAUUAGUUUGUUUUCCUCUAUAUUUUACAAAGAAGGAAAAGAGAAAAAUAUCGAAAGUAAAGAGAAAAUAUCGAAAGUAUAUUUUACAAAAAAGGAGAAAUUACUUAUGUUGGUAUCGUGUACGUGGUCGUCUUGAAAUAAGUACAAGGCAUGAUCAGAUAAAAAAAUUGUAAUUUUUGUUAUGAUUAAAAGAAGACAAAUACCAAAAUCAUUUCAUCUGUUAUAUUUUGUGUUGUUUCUUUUUUUUUUGCAACUAAUUUUUUUUUGCAACUAAUUUUUUUUUGUGUGUUGUUUCUUCUCAACUUCAAAACUACUAUUCGUACAAAGAGCAAAUGUAUCUUUUUUUUGUUCAAAAAAAAAGAGCAAAUGUAUCUAUUUUUCUAAAAUAUAUAGAACACCAAUAAUAUUAGAGAUCAACAGAAUGAAACACCAACAAUAUUUGAGAAUAGUAGAAAAUUGCUGCAUUUGCAGAAAAUGAUAACAUCCUUAAUUAAUCAAUGAUGAUACAUAACUAUUCGAAUAUUUUGAAAUGUAUAUUGAAAACUUUUGUUUAGAUUUUUCUUUUUUCAACCUUUGUUUAUAUUAUGUAUAUGUUUAUUUGGUGUUUUCUGAUCAUGACAGUUGUGUGUUCAAAGUUAAGAUCAUUUCCAAUGGGACACAAAAACUUCCUCUAUAUUUUAUACUAAAAUAGCGUAACUCUAUUAUAGAGUUGAAUUUGCUCCAAUGAUUCACUCUAUAAUAGAAUUACUCUAUAAUAAAGUGAAAUAUAGAGUAAUGUUGUUUUUUUACUCUAUAUUUGGAGUAAAAAACAAUAUUAUUUUAUAUUCUACUAUAUUAUAGAGUGAACCAUUGGAGCAAAUUCAACUUUAUAAUAGAGUUACUCAAUUUUAGAGUGAAAUAUAGAGUACAUUUUUGUGUACCAUUGGAAAUGGUCUAAUUCGUUAAUGAGUUUCUUUAGUUAGCCCAAACUAAUUAUUUAAGGUUCAAAACUCGAUGCCUUUUUAGAAUAAACCUUAAAUAUUACUCCAUCUGUUCCUUAAUGAUAGACUUUUUAGAAAAAAAUUUUGUUUAAGAACGAUAUAUUUUUUGUGUUUUCUAUGAAAAAUUUAUAAAUUUCAAGAAAAUUAUUUGACUUUAUUGAAUUAUUAUAGGUUAAAAGUUAUUGAAAAUUGAAAAUUAUAGAAAAUGAUACAUUUAUUAUGGUAGUUUAAUGUGUUUUCUUAAUAUGUGUGAAAAUACUAAAAAGUCUAUCUUUUAAGAACGGAGAGAGUAUUCGUUGGCACAGCCGUCCAAUAAAUAGAAUUUAGUUAUAUGAAUUAAAUCAUAGAAACAUCUAAGUUCUUACCGUAAUUAAGUUUUUUUUAGAACAUGAGGUAAGUUGUUGAGAUUUUCAAUUGAAACGUUGUUGGUUAUGUAGAAUAUACUAUAUAAAAAGGUAAUUCAAAAAAUUAUUAUUACUAGAUGGGUCCAUAAAUGUACUUUAGUCCGAAAAGAAAUUGUAUCCAGAAUCAAGAAUGUUUUUUUUUUUUUUCGGAAUCAAGAAUGUUGCAGUGGGCAGAGAGAAAGCUAGACAAGGCUUUAGAGCCUAUAGACAACUAAUAGGUGCGAAUGCUAAUGCAUGCGAUGUUUUUUCAUUCAGACGUUAUAAAGACAAAAUGCUCAGUUUCUGGAGUUUAUUAACAGAUAGUUUUAUGCGUGAAUUGAUAUUUGAAAGCAUCUUUUCAUUUCUUAGUUUACAAAAACUGUAGAACUAACACAUGUCAACACUUAAAUAAUAAUAAUGUGUAGAUUAUAAAUAAUUAGUUCUACUCAUGCUUUUAAAUUUACAAUUUAUUUGGUUAUGAUUAUAAUGAGAACACGUAUAAUACACUUUAGCGACUGGCUAUACAGAACGUGUGUAUGUUUCAUUUCACAUGGUUGUGCAAAUUUACUUGCUCGUCUGUCCAUGUAAGGAUUGACGAAAACUUACCUAUGUUUUCUUUUAAUAUGAUCUGUCAACGUCAUUCUGUUGAGGAGUAAAUCAUAAUAAAGUAAUUAUGACAUAAUAAUUUAAGUUUCUCCUUCUGUCUUCUCUCUACACAUAUCUAUCUAUGCUAGGUGAUAGACUGAUCACAUUCUGUGGAUCUUUAUGGUGGGAGUAUUGUUUCUUAUUUGUGGAAAUUUUAUGAACUAUAUGUUUUUUUUUUCACCAGAACUAUUAUGUUUGCAUAGUGCUAAUGUUUUAACAGUGCUAGUAUUUAUGUACAAAAAUAAGAAAAUCAAUUAAUAUAUUUGUGUUUUUAUGUAGAGUCAAUGUCUUAAUUAAUUGCAUGAGAGUAUUGGAAUAUAUUUUAAACAUAUUGAAUGAUCUACCUCGACAACCCAUGCACCUUUAUCGAUCUUCUUUGAUUAUUGUUCCAGUGCUCUCUCUCUCUCUCUCUCUCUCUCUCUCUCUCUCUCUCUCUCUCUCUCUCUCUCUCUCUCUCUCUCUCUCUCUCUCUCUCUCUCUCUCUCUCUCUCUCUCUCUCUCUCUCUAGUUCCAAAAUUAUGAGUAUAGAAUGAAGAAUGUCGUAAGAUAUUCAAGUAAGAUGCAUAUUUUUAAUAGAGAGAGAAGAUAUUGUUUUACAAAAUGAUUAUUUAACGUUUAAUUUUGAAAUGAAUGAAAAUUUAUAAGAAAAUUAAUUUUUGUACAAUGAAUGCAUCUUCGUUUGAGUUUUUAUCUAAUGAUUUUACAUAGAUAGAUUGAACGUAAGAUGUAGUACACUCCGUUGACCUAAAAGUAAAUCAAGCUUAAGUCUCUAUAUAUAUUUGAAUUCAAAAAGUUCUGAACCGAAAUUUAUAUUCUCUUUGGGCAAGUGACAAGAGCUGGUUGUCCUACUUCUAUAUAUUUAUUCCAAAAAUUUUAGGCGGUUCCAUUUUCUUAGACUCUUGUAAAUGAGGUUGCUAAUUCUCUGUAUUUAAUGUUUCUUUGUUUAAUUUACAAAAGACUUCGACAUAGCUAGUUUGCAAUUAUGUGCCAUUCAAUGUUAAGGUAAAUAUCACCGGUAUUAAUAUAUUACUGUCUCGUUCUUUUUGACAUCAUUAAUUAAUACAGUAUAUUAUACUACUGCAUAUGAAAGUGAAAACUCCCGACAAAAGAAAAUUAAGAGUAAAGACUAAAAUACACCAUAACAUAAAAACAAUAUAGUACAAUGUUCUUUCUUUAUGUUUAUUUUCUGUCCAACCCUUCUCUCUCUUGCGUCCCUUUCCAAUGCACUUAAAAAAUUAAAUAUAGUUUCCAAUUUGCUCUCCAACCAUAUAGUCUCAUUUCGGGUAUAAAUAACCUCAUCCAAACACAAACCAUCAAUAUUCGAAGAUACCAUAAUACACUCAAAAGCAAAUCAAUAUUUGGUUAAACGGAGAAUGAGUCCGGUGGCUUCAACAAGGUGGUGUCCGACCACGGAGCAACUGAUGAUCUUGGAAGAAAUGUACCGGACCGGUAUACGGACUCCUAAUGCGGUGCAGAUACAACAGAUCACAGCUCACUUAGCUUUCUAUGGACGUAUUGAGGGAAAAAACGUGUUUUACUGGUUUCAGAACCAUAAGGCAAGAGAUAGACAGAAGCUAAGGAAGAAACUCGCUAAGCAACUUCACCAACAACAACUCCAACAAAUUAAGCUCAAACCAAUAUCGAUGGUGUCUGAACCACUUAAUAACAUCAUCGAUCAUCACAAUCUUUACUACCAUAAUCACCAUCGUCCGUAUGAUCAUUCGUCUUUCGCUUGCUGCUCUCAGCCUUCUUCCGUUUGUCUUUCUCAUCAGGGAAUUGGAGUAGAAGCUCAAAGCAAAGUGGUGAAUGAAUAUUAUUACAACAAAAGUGGACCUGAAGAUAUGUUGAUGCAAAAACCAAUCACGGGCCAAAACUCAUCGUACGGUCGAGAUUGGAUGGUGAUGAUGGAUAUGGGUCCACGACCAUCAUAUUCCUCAUUAUCACCAAUUCCAUGUAUCAACAUGAUGAUGAACAGUCCAAAGAUACCACCAAAAACCCUUGAACUCUUCCCAAUCUCAUCCAUCAACUCCAAACAAGACAGUUCCAAACUCUAAAGAAAAGACAACAUUUACAAAAGAGAUUCUGCAGGUGUUUCACUCAUGUAUCAUAUACUAUCUGUCAAAGUACUACGAAAACAUGUGUACGUGAGGGUAAAUUUUUAGCCGUUGGAUAAAAUUAGUUGAGUUAAUGAAAAUGUUUAAUAGGUAUCUCUCUCUCUCUCUCUCUCUGCAGUAGAAUUAAUGGGAAGUUCUAAUAAUUUAUAAAAUAAUUAAUUUUACAAGAUGUUGAAUGUAGGGGGUUGUGUAUGCGUUGUAAAAUUAAGUAUCUUGGUUUUUGUAAUUGCAUGCAUGCAUGCAUGUGUAGGCUAUUGUCUUUAAGACUAGACAGUGCGAAAACCUCAUUUGCCUAAUGUGUAAACCAUACCUUUAUUUUGAUGUGGUCAGUGUCCUUUUGAUGUGUACUAUGAUUCUUCUUCUUGUUUUUAUUUUAUUUCCCACGUAGUAUCUAUCCUAUACUAAAGGGGAAUACUCUCAAUGCUUAGUAUGUCUUUUUUUUUUCAAUGCUUAGCUAUGUCACGUCCUUAAAAAAACAGCCAAUCAGCUAUCUGUAUUUUCCCACGUCCUACCAUCUUUAUGCGGAACAUAUUAAAUUUGGAUCAUUGUAGGCCUCUAAAAAUUUCUUAAUGGCUCAUAUCAAUCUCAGUGAUCCUAAUGUUCGUCCCAAAUGAUAAUCGUCUUAACACUUCCAUUUCGUCUUCUCGGUUACAAAUCCAGUACUAAACAAAGCCAGUUAAUUACUAAACUAAAUCUCUUAGGAUUCUUUCAGGAUCCCACCUUCAUUAUAUUGUCGUAGCUAAACGCUACCUUUGCCUGAAGACAUGUGAUUGUCGUAGAAGUAACAUGCGAAGCAAGAACUUGCUCCUUUCACUGUAUUGUUUAAAAAAAAAAUUAGGUUCCAUUUAAAUAUUAUAAAUUUAUUUAUACAUUUUGAGUUGAGUUCUUCUGAGCCUUAAUGAGUUUGGUUCUGAUAUAUAUGAAACUAAAAUAUAUAUAAAUAACAAAUGUAUCUAAAACGAGUUCGGAUAUUUAUAAUAAAAACAACCUAUCUAAUUUGUUUAAGGUCUUUUGAAUAAAAUUACUUAUAUUAUGAAUCAUCUACAAUAUAUAACAUUAAUAUAAAAAUAAAUAUCAAUAAAUAAAACUGUAAAAACCAAUACUAUGCGGAUGCGCAGAUCAAUUUCUAGUAUAUAUUAAACCAAACUGGAACAAUUUGGUCAUAUGCUCGAUUUGGUUUCAGUCUGGCAGAAACUGGAACAAUUUGGAUUUCGAAAGUCUUAAACGAAGAUCAAAUCUUAGUAUGAUAAUCACGAUUUAGAGUGUUAGUACACUUUGAUCAUCAACUCAUCUCUUAGAGUGUUAAUACACUUUGAUCAUCAACUCAUCUCUUUAGAGUGUUAAUACACGUCGAACAGUAGUUUGAUUAGUAAGACACAUUUAUACUCGUCUCUUUCUUUCUUUUCUCAACUAACUUUCUUAAUCUCUUUUCAAUACUAAACUUGAUGUUAAUUUUAUGUUUUGUUAGCGUUUUUCAAUCAAUUAGAAAUAACUCAAUAAAUGUUUUACUCGCAUUUAUUUAUUUUCUUUAUAAUUAUAUCACACCUUACCAAAGAUAAAACGCGAUGGUCCAGGUCAGGGAUCCGAAAAGAAAAAACACAUAUCUAACAUAUCUAACAGCCGUUGAUUUAGAUAUAUAAUCUCAUCCAUCCAACGGACAUAGUCGUCUUACGUCAGCGAUCCUCGUGAAUAAAUCUUAUCCAAUAGAAUGUGUUUUUUCUUCCUUCUUAAUAUCUCCAGACGCUUCAGAGUUCCUUCAUCCCAAAACCUAAAUCUCUUUCCGAGAAAAUCAAAGAAAAAGAGAGAGAGAUUCACGAUGGCACCAAAGGCAGGAAAGAAACCAGCAGAGAAGAAACCCGCCGCCGCCGCCGCCGCCGCAGAGAAGCCAGUGGAGGAAGAGAAGGUAGCUGAGAAAGCACCAGCGGAGAAGAAGCCCAAGGCCGGAAAGAAGCUACCUAAGGAAGCCAUCGGCGCGACCGACAAGAAGAAGAAGCGCAGCAAGAAGAACAUCGAGACGUACAAGAUCUACAUCUUCAAGGUUCUUAAGCAAGUCCACCCAGACAUCGGAAUCUCGAGCAAGGCCAUGGGGAUCAUGAACAGCUUCAUCAACGACAUCUUCGAGAAGCUUGCUCAGGAAGCGUCCAAACUCGCAAGGUACAACAAGAAGCCGACCAUUACUUCUCGCGAGAUCCAGACAGCUGUUAGACUUGUUCUUCCUGGUGAGCUUGCUAAGCACGCCGUGUCUGAAGGAACCAAGGCUGUUACUAAGUUUACUAGCUCUUGAAUGAAAUCACUUGUUAGGAUUCUAGAUCUGAGCGCUUUUGGUUUUUUUCUUUUUCUUUUGUUAUUGAUUAUGCUUAUCUUAGCUUUAUGAUUUGGUGACUAUGUAAGAACAUAUGGAAUGAUUAAUCGUCUCUUUCUGUUUAA